AUGUCCCAGACUUCCUUCGCGCUGCCCGCUCGCCAGGUCACGUUCGGCGCCGGCCGUUCGCAGUACCAGCAGCAGCAGGCCCAGCAGGCGCAACAGCAGGCCCAGGCCGCCCAACAGGCCCAGCAGCAGCAGCAACAGGCCGCCAGCCAGUACUACCGCCAGCCCGCGCCUACCGGCGGGCUCGCGCUUCCGGGCCCCGGCCCGGCCACCCAGGCCGCCGCGUCAAAGGCGGCCACCACCCAGCCAGCGUCGUACGCCACGCCCGGCGCCCUCGCCGGCCCGUCGACGCCGGCCGCCACCGCUGUCCCGGCAACGCCCGCGCCGUUGACGCUCGAGCAGCAGCACAUCACCGCCGUCGAGGGUAUCGUGCCCACGCUCCAGAACAUCGUGGCUACCGUCAACCUCGACUGCCGACUGGACCUCAAGACGAUCGCCCUCCACGCCCGCAAUGCAGAGUACAACCCCAAGCGUUUCGCCGCCGUGAUCAUGCGUAUCCGUGAUCCGAAGACGACGGCGUUGAUCUUCGCCAGUGGCAAGAUGGUCGUCACGGGCGCGAAGAGCGAGGACGACUCGAGGCUGGCGAGCCGCAAGUAUGCGCGUAUUGUGCAGAAGCUUGGGUUCGACGCCAAGUUCUCCGAGUUCAAGAUCCAGAACAUUGUCGGCUCUUGCGACGUCAAGUUCCCGAUCCGUCUCGAGGGCCUUGCAUACUCCCACGGACAGUUCAGCUCUUACGAGCCUGAGCUGUUCCCUGGUCUGAUCUACCGCAUGAUCAAGCCCAAGGUCGUGCUCCUCAUCUUCGUCUCUGGCAAGAUCGUCUUGACCGGUGCAAAGGUCCGUGAAGAGAUCUACACCGCGUUCAACACGAUCUACACUGUGCUCUGCGAGUUCCGCAAGCCCUAG